AAACCCCGGAUAUCAUCCAGCAAUCACUGUUCAUAAUCAUUGCAUCGGAAACACAUGACCAUCUAUGGAUUUCAUAAACAUUUAGAUUGAACAACAAUAAUCAAAUUCAUGAAAAACUGAAAAAAUAUCUAGAAAUUAUAUUUUAGUGCAAUACUGAGCAUAAUCAACCAACCAUGGAUUCUGCAGCGUUCACCGUGCUUUUCCUUGCGGCGUUGCUAUGCAACAUCUUCCCGGUAAAAGGAUCAAUUUGGAAUUGGGUAAUAAGCAAUCCGUUUAACUCUGAGAACUUUGACGAUUUGGACAAUCACCCCAGGAAUACUCAUAGACUUGUUACAACUUCGAACACAAUUAUAGAGAGCACAACAAGAAGGAUCGAGCCUUGCCGAACUGACAAAGGCUGUGGAAGAGGAAGGUUUUGUGACCGACAUUACGGAUUCUGCCACCUUCAUAGAGUAGCCGGGGAAACGUGCAGGCGAGACGGACAUUGCAUGAGAGGGUUUGAUUGUAUGUUUGGAAAAUGUAAAAAAAGAAAACAGUUAAAAACUGAAGGUGCUCGGUGUAAACACGACCGUGACUGCAAUAACACAAUGUGCUGUGCGAAGCAGCACGGAGAACACAUUUGCAAAAAACGCAUAAAACUUUACCAUAAGUGCUAUGUUCCAAAAGGGGGAUUGGAUUAUACUCUUAACGAACUUUGCCCUUGUGAGCAGGGGCUUAUAUGCAAGGAUGUCGGGACCAUCAGAAAUGAUGAUUUGGAAUGGAGGUUCUGGAGUACUCUUGACAGAAUGCGAUGUGCGGCACCCUGACAUUACCAUCAAAGUCGUGCACACCAGCCCCGCCCAUACACCAUGCUUAGAAUCUUAGUUCCCAGAGAUUGGUUGACUGGGGCAUGAGAUGGAAUCACACCUGCCUCACCUGCUAAAUCAAACAUGCAGCAUGCAUAGGACUAGUCUCUAGUAUCCCCUAAAUGCCUUGAAGAUGGAACAACGGGAUAUAGUAUCGAACAUAUGUCUUUCAAGCACUGAUAUUAUAUGUACACUGCUCUUUUUAGAAAUACAGUGAGACCAACAAAGCAUCGCUUUAAUUUUGGGAUAGCUUUCUCAAUUAUGAUGAGAAUUUCAUUAAUUCUCUUCAUUAUUUAAUAAUGCUUAUAAUACAGCUUCAUUUGUAUGGCAUAAAAUUGACAAUUACUCAGAUGUGAGUAUGUAGUUACCAAUUUCGCCACCAGG